UGUCUCUCUUCACUUGGUUCAGCAGCGGGCGUGUCUUUGGCGGUUGUGGCAGGCGUCACGCUCUUCGGGCAGGAAGAUUCCCAGAGAUGGAUCUUCGCGUCAGCGGGCACGGUCUGCGCGAAGAGGAGAUCGACGCAGUCGCGAUGGCGGUUACCGCUGUCGUCGUGAACACGAUGGGCGGCAUGUCGUCGUCCUCAAUCGACAUGCUGACACAGCUCCGAAAACGAAGAGCGCUGGCAGCGCAUUGCCGAAGCGCCGGAUUGCGUGGCCACAUGCAGAUCGUUGCCGCGUGCGCCGCGUACGUGGAGAAUAAGGUGACGCACUACAGGAUGCCUUUGCCAGUGGAGCAGGUGAUCGCUUUCGUGUUGUACAGGUGGGCAUCAGGAGAGACGUAUGGGAGCGACACUUCGGCCUUCGGCAUCGGCAGGGCAACUGGACUGCAGGCCGUCCGCGACGUCACUUCGGCUCUGCUGCAGGCGUACCCCGACGCUAUCAAGUGGCCAGUUGGCCGUAGACGUGCGCACAUUCUGCGCGCAUUCCGUGACAAGGGUUUCCCGAAAUGCUUCGGCGCGAUCGACUGUACACACAUCUACAUUGACAAGCCCGCCGGCGCACCUUCCGACAACUACUACGACCGCAAACAGAAGUUCUCCGUGCAGGCGCAGGUGGUGGUGGAUUUGGAUCUGCGGAUCCUCGACGUCCACAUCGGAUACCCGGGAAGCGUGCUCGAUGUCCGCGUCCUGCACAAUUCCCAGCUGUGGAGGCGUGCAGAAGCUGGCGAGCUGUUCGAUGCACCUCCAGAGAAUCUGUCGCACGGUGUCGUCACGCGAGGUUACCUGCUAGGCGACAACGGUUAUCCAGUUGCCUGUCCAUGGAUCGUGCAGCCGUACGGAGGAAUCGACCAACAUCCUAACCAGGAGCGCUUCAACACGCGGCAGAAGGUGGCGCGGGGGUGUGUGGAGAGGGCAUUUGGGCGACUGAAGUGCAUGUGGCGUCUGUUUUUGCACACCCACAAGACGAACCUGGAGACCUUGCCACAACAAUUCGUGGCAGUGUGCACUCUCCACAACAUCCUCCUUGACGCGGGGAUCGACUUCGAUGAGAACCUUUUGUGGGAGGUGGAUGAGAAGGACAUUCGUCGUAGAGUAGACUUGGGGAUUGUGGGGAACGGCGCAGGCGGGCAGCGACAGAGCACGAACAUGGACGGGGACUUGUUGCGGGAUGCACUUCGAGACCGCCUAGCUCUGAUGUAGGACCGUGCGCACGGGAGGUGGAGGGGGGAGAGGGGGGGGGGGGGGGGGGCGGGAGGGGGUUUGGGUAGGGGUUGAUAGCAUGUGGGUUGGUGCGAUCGGCAGGCGGGUGGAAUUGGCACGUGGCAGUGUCCAUUGACAACACUGCGCGAAGUAGCUGGGUCGAUUGUGUGGCGACAUGAUUGUCGUCUGUGACUUCCUUUCUUGUUUUCGUCGUUUGGACGGUUGCGUGGUUCGUACAGCUGUACAAACGUUUCAUA